UCCUCUUCCCAGACUCCUGCAGAGCGGAAGAUGCCGCCAAGAAGGAAAAUGGAGACUGAAGGCUCAAAGGACUCCAACUCCGGCGAGAGUCUGGAGGAAACGAGCCUUUCUCAGGUCGACAGGGGUGAAUUUCGAAACCGAUGGCAGCAGGUCAAAGAGGAGCCCGACGAGGGGUUGGCGCAGCACUGGGAAGCCCAGUGGCAAGAGUUCCUGAAGACGGUGGAGUCGCCUCACUUGCAAUGGGGGAACCCGCAAUUGGAGGAGCUGCUGCCCAUCCCGGCCACGGGCACCCGAGCACAUGCGGCUUCCUCCAGACGGGAAACUCUGAUCCCGCCAAGCCUUGACAUGCACAAAACCUGUGGCUUCUUGGAAGCUGCCGUCGUGGGAGACGCAGCACAGGUGAAGGAAGAGAACUUGGACAGUAUCCUGGACAGCGGGGAUGUGCCCCGGCAGCGCUUUAGGCAACUGCGCUGCCAGGAGGGGGAUGAUGGGCCGCGCAUGGUUUGCGCCCGGCUGCGCUUCCUUUGCCGUCAGUGGCUGAAGCCAGAAAGCCACUCGAAGGAGCAGAUCCUGGACUUGGUGGUCCUGGAGCAGUUCCUGAGCAUCCUGCCCCUGGAGGUGCAGAGCUGGGUCAGGGAUCGUGGCGCAGAGACCUGCGCCCAGGCAGUGGCCCUGGCCGAGGACUUCGGUGGAAGGCUAGAGGAACGAUACCGAGGGCUAGUCAGGAAGUGCGAAUCCGCGAAUUCCCCCCAAGAAGAGCUGACUCCAUCGGACAUGGGCCUCUCUGGGGAGAGCAAGCAGGAUUGCGUCAAAGCCAACGAGAUAGUCAGAAACGAUUGUUCCUCUGUCACAGCAAUGCUACAUAAAAAUGAAGAGGAAAACGGUGACCUUGGAUUUUUCAAUCAAGUGGAACCAUCUAGGCCGGCCGCGGGGAAAGGAGAAUCCAGCGUUACACAGUGCAGGGAUCAUCAUAGGACAUUUGAGAGUCAGUCCAGGCCUGAGAGCUGGAGAGGAGACCGCCAAGGGAGUGAAGCAGACCUCCGCAAGAGCUUCAAUGAAACCAUGGCCUGGCAAGAGACUCCAGCAGGUGAGAGACAAAAGACUUGCAAAAUUUGCGGGAAAAAGUUCAGCUGGAGGACUAAUCUCAUCAAGCACAAGAGGACUCACACAGGAGAAAAACCUUACCAAUGUUUGGAUUGUGGGAAGUGUUUCAGCCAGGUAUCAGACCUUAACACCCACAAGAGAAUCCACACGGGAGAAAAACCCUUUAAGUGCUGUCACUGUGGGAAAAGUUUCAGCAGGAGCACAAACCUUAUUGUGCAUGAGAGGAUGCACACAGGAGAGAAGCCCUAUAAAUGCUCAUACUGCGAGAAAACCUUCUGUGCCGGCUCACAGCUUAAUAGUCAUCAGAGAAUCCACACAGGAGACAAGCCCUAUAAGUGUUUUGAGUGUGGGAAAACCUUUAGUUGGAGCGCCACCUUUCGAAGACACCAGAGAAUCCACACGGGUGAGAAACCAUACAAGUGCUUGGAAUGCGGCAAAAGUUUCGGUUUCAAGUCUGUCCUUACUGCUCACGAGAGAACCCACACGGGAGAUAAGCCCCAUAAGUGCUCCGAAUGUGGGAAAAGCUUUAGUCAGAGGGCUCACCUUAGUAGUCACCAGAGAAUCCACACUGGAGAGAAGCCAUUUCAGUGUUCGCAGUGUGGGAAAAAAUUCGGUCUAAGGUCAGUUCUGAUUGCCCACGAAAAUACUCACGUUUUAGAGAAGCCACACAAGUGUUCAGACUGCGGGAAAAGUUUCAGCAACAAAUCCCAGCUCACGAAUCAUCAGAGGCUGCACACGGGAGAUAAACCUUAUAAAUGUUUUGUCUGCGGGAAAACAUUCAACUUGAGCUCCCUCCUUACUGGACAUUUGAGAACCCACACUGGAGAAAAACCGUAUAAAUGUUCACACUGCGAGAAGUGCUUUGGUGGCAGAUCAACUCUUGUGGCGCAUGAGAGGACCCACACAGGAGAGAAGCCGCACGGAUGCCCAGAUUGUGGGAAAACCUUCAGCCAGAAGACUAAUCUCAACAGUCAUCAGAGAAUCCACACUGGAGAGAAGCCUCAUAAAUGCCUGGACUGCGGGAAGGGCUUCAGUCAGAAAUCGCACCUCCUUAAUCACCAGAGGGACCACACGGGAGAGAAACCAUUCAAAUGUGCGUGCUGCGAUAAAUGCUUUGGUGCCAGGUCCAUGCUCUUGGCGCAUGAGAGGACCCACACGGGAGAGAAGCCACAUGAAUGCAAAGACUGUGGUAGGAGCUUCAGUCGGAAAGCGCACCUUGCCAGACAUGAGCGAACCCACGGUGCUUGCAAAGCAUUCUUGGUGCUUAGUCGGUAGGAAGGUUUCUGGGUGGCCAGAGAUCAUCAGUGUAAGGAAACCCGCCCUGUAAAUAAACUAUAUAAUUUUUGCUGCAGGAACAAAGACAAACUUUGUUAACGGCCCUAUCCCAUCCACAUGUAAUUUUGGAAUAAUUCCCAGAGAGAUUGAGGGGAGGAGGGGGGAGGUAUUUCCAAGUGAGCCUGCCUAGAUUUGGCUGCAUGCAUGAUGUCAUCAUUUAUGGGAUCUUGUUUAGGGAUUGCUUUGUGUGUUUUUUUCAGGAGGAAGGAGCCGUAACUCAGCAGUAGAGCACACAAUCUGCCCAGAGCGUAGUGGUCAGUCCCUGACGUCCCCAUUUCAUAGAAUCCUAGAGUUGGAAGAGACCACAAGGGCCAUCCAG